GAGAACAAAAACGUUUGGCCUCCAGUUUCUGGAGCGGGGGAGUCCAUGAUAAACAUUCACCAUCUUUGCCCUUUAUUUUUACUUUUAAAGGUCGAUGCUCUCAAAGGCACUUGGUGUCUCAUUGGUCCAAUGUGAAGCCUUGCACAUGAUCUAAACUAAUCUAAAGCAUUUCAGUGAAUCAAUUGAAGGGAUAAGUCACAAAUUCGGAAGAAAUGCAGCAUCAAGUUUUAGGUUUUUGCCAGAGGGCAUUGGGACUCGUCAAAUUUUGGAGAUGGGGAAACAAAUUUUCGGUUGAGGAAAGAAAAGGCAGUCUCCCUUUUCUGCCAAAGGAAACCAUUUUAACGAGGUUUCUCUCGCAAAUUUAGUAUUUUGCUAUUGGAAUAUUAACAUCUUACCAAGUCUGUUUCGAGAUUUUACCCAUGUGUUUAUCAUUUCUAAUAUUUAUUUCAUACAGUGUAUAGGACUUGAACACCUUACUUCCUGAAGUAUAUGCACCACUGUGCCGAAUAAUUUUCAUUUCACCAAACUUAUUGGUUCUUUCUAAAAGUUUAUUUCGUAUACCUUAUGAGGCAAGUGAUGGACUGGUUGAUGAGAGGCUCGCAGAUGUGUAAAUGGCAUGAGGCUUUGUGAAACAGAUUUGUUGAUAAGUUAACCUUUGCAUGGCAAAAAAGAAAAUUAUGAACACCGCCUCCAUUGUUUUGUAAUUGUUUCAACAACUAGGAAAGAAAGCAGGCCAAAACGACUUAAUAAAUGCUGUUUCCAGAUCCUCAUUGGUUUGGGUAUACAUCUCUUAUUUGUUAAGGAGUCAUUGGACUGGGAUUGGGAGAUUUUAAAGCGCGGAACCCCCAGGAUGAAUCGUCUGAUCCGGCGGUAUGCAUCAGUGGCGCUCGUAAUCUUGUCGGUCGUUCUCCUUUGCGUCUUCCUCAAGACCCGUGGGACCCUGGAGGACCUGACCGAGGCAGGGAAGUGCCCUGCCUGCUUCGGGACGAGCCUCUGCCCGGACGCGGAGGAGGGUCGGCUCCGUCUCUGGGGUCGUUCCUCUGCCUCGCUUCUCCCCGCCUCGCUCCUCUCCGCCACACUCCUCAACGUCCGCAACGUCUACUGGGGCGUCUGGACCGUGCAGGACUCGUUCCGGGGGGACAAGGACAUGCCGGUCGUCUUUAAGAAGCUCGCACACGACUCGGAGCUUAGAGAACUCGAUCGCAGGAUCUGCCAGGCGGCGAACAUGUCCUCCGACUGCGACGUCUCGACCGCCGGGACGCGACUGAGCCACAGCCUGGACGGCGACUGGGACUGGGACCGGGGACUGAGCCUCGUGAAGGCGCUGGCGGGCCCCACGCGUUCGUCUGACCCUUCCCCCCUCGCCUGCCCCUCCCGACGGCUCCUCACCUCCAUGCGGACGCUGUUCCUCGGCCUGGCCCAGGAGCCCCUGGGACUUCCCCUCCUGCUGCUCCUCGCUCUCAACCCGGAGCCGAUACUCCUCGAGAUGAUGAACGAGGACCCCGGAGGCCACGUGCCGCACGUGUUCGGGUACUGCGGGCGAGUGGUGGUGGUGGAGGACGCCGGGGACCCCCUCUCUGGGUUCCUCCGGUCCGAUUGGGGGACGCGGGCGGGGCUAGCCGUGCAGCUCCUCGACCUCGCACGAAGGCUCUCCCCGGCCGUGGACGGGUUCGCGGUGUACCUCAUGGAUCUCGGCUACGACAACUUUCUCGUCGCGGAGGGGAGACUCCGACUCGCGGACGUGGAGCAUGUCGUCGUCGUGGACACUGCUGUUCCUCCUGAUCACGUGGGAAAGGAGACGUGGGAGACGGAGCACAAGAGUGACCCGGACUUGUGCGACGGCUGCCUCGGUUUCAGACCCGAGGACCUGUGCUCCCAUCGCAGCAGCGACCACAACUUCUAUGCCGUCUGCAGCGUGAGUCCAUUCCUCAUGUCCAUCUCUCGUGUCGUCCGACGAAACGACUCGUCCCACCAAUCGGAAGACAAGCACAAGUGA